AUGAACUCAGCAACGACAAAGCGAGCCCUAGGCUGGCUCUACAGCUCCCGAGGCGGCCGAACCGCACAGAUCCGACCACGAUGGAGGACGUUCUUCAGCAGCGGACCGGUACGGCGAGCGACGCAGCAGGAGCCGCCCAAUUUCGAGCAGGUCAGAGCGGCAUACAAGUACAAGAACCGGACUACC